AUGUCGGCCGCUCCAGCCUACAGCGAGGACAAGGGCGGCUCCUCCAGCCUAGGGGAGCCCGAAUACGGUCACGAUCCGGCCAGCGGCGGCAUCUUCUCCUCCGACUACAAGCGGCAUGAUGACCUGAAGGAAAUGUUGGACACCAACAAAGAUUCUCUCAAGUUGGAGGCCAUGAAGAGGAUUGUGGCGAUGAUUGCUCGUGGGAAGAAUGCCUCUGACCUGUUCCCAGCCGUGGUUAAGAAUGUGGCCUGUAAGAACAUUGAGGUGAAGAAGUUGGUGUAUGUGUACCUGGUACGCUAUGCUGAAGAGCAGCAAGACUUGGCCCUACUGUCCAUCUCAACUUUCCAACGUGGCCUGAAGGACCCUAACCAGCUGAUCCGUGCCAGUGCCCUCCGAGUCCUCUCCAGCAUCCGAGUGCCUAUUAUAGUACCCAUCAUGAUGUUGGCCAUCAAGGAGGCUGCCUCAGACAUGUCUCCCUAUGUGCGGAAAACAGCAGCCCAUGCUAUCCCCAAGCUGUACAGUUUGGACUCUGACCAAAAGGAUCAGUUGAUUGAAGUCAUUGAGAAGCUUCUGGCCGACAAGACCACGCUGGUGGCUGGAAGCGUGGUCAUGGCUUUUGAGGAGGUGUGCCCAGAACGCAUCGAUCUGAUCCACAAGAAUUACCGCAAAUUGUGUAACCUGUUGAUUGACGUGGAAGAGUGGGGCCAGGUGGUCAUCAUUAACAUGCUGACCCGCUACGCCCGCACACAGUUUCUUAGUCCCAACAAGAAUGAAUCUUUACUGGAGGAGAACCCCGAGAAGGCCUUCUAUGGCUCAGAAGAAGAGGAGUCCAAGGGGUCAGGGCCAGGCCCGGAGGAGGCAGCUGCUCCCCUGGCUGCCCGGAGGCCGUACAUCAUGGACCCUGACCACCGCCUGCUCUUGCGCAACACCAAGCCGCUUCUUCAGAGCCGCAGCGCCGCCGUGGUCAUGGCCGUGGCCCAGCUCUACUUCCACUUGGCCCCCAAAGCGGAGGUGGGCGUCAUCGCCAAAGCCUUGGUGCGACUUCUCCGAAGCCACAGCGAGGUCCAGUACGUGGUGCUACAGAAUGUGGCCACGAUGUCCAUUAAGCGCCGGGGAAUGUUUGAGCCAUACUUGAAGAGUUUCUACAUCAGGUCCACAGACCCAACCCAGAUCAAGAUUCUGAAACUGGAGGUGCUAACCAACCUUGCCAAUGAGACUAAUAUUCCUACAGUCCUACGGGAAUUUCAGACCUAUAUCCGAAGCAUGGACAAAGACUUUGUGGCAGCCACAAUCCAGGCCAUUGGUAGAUGUGCCACCAACAUCGGUCGUGUCCGAGACACCUGUCUCAAUGGCCUUGUGCAACUUCUGUCCAACCGCGAUGAACUUGUGGUUGCUGAAUCAGUGGUCGUCAUUAAGAAGCUGCUGCAGAUGCAGCCAUCCCAACAUGGGGAGAUCAUUAAGCACCUGGCUAAACUGACAGAUAACAUCCAGGUGCCCAUGGCUCGGGCCAGCAUCCUCUGGCUCAUUGGUGAGUACUGUGAACAUGUGCCCAGGAUUGCCCCUGAUGUUCUGAGGAAGAUGGCAAAGUCAUUCACAGCAGAGGAAGACAUUGUGAAACUACAGGUCAUCAACCUUGCUGCCAAGCUCUACUUGACCAACUCGAAGCAGACAAAGCUGCUGACCCAGUAUGUGCUGAGUUUGGCAAAGUAUGAUCAGAAUUAUGACAUCCGAGACCGAGCCCGCUUUACCCGUCAGCUCAUUGUCCCCUCCGAGCAGGGAGGGACCCUGAGCCGUCAUGCAAAGAAGCUCUUCUUGGCUCCCAAGCCUGCCCCCGUCCUGGAGUCAUCUUUCAAAGACCGGGACCACUUCCAGCUUGGCUCAUUAUCUCACCUGCUUAACGCCAAAGCCACUGGCUACCAAGAACUCCCAGACUGGCCAGAGGAAGCUCCUGACCCAUCUGUUCGAAAUGUAGAGGAGGAGGAUCUAUCCCUGAUCGAAACCCACAUGGGUCUGUUGGGCGACUAUACCCAGGUUCCUGAAUGGACCAAAUGCUCUAACAGAGAGAAAAGAAAGGAGAAGGAGAAACCAUUUUACUCAGACUCCGAGGGAGAGUCAGGACCCACAGAAUCAGCAGACAGUGAGCCCGAGUCUGUGAGCGACUCCGAGAGCAAGAGCAGCAACGAGAGUGGCUCAGGAACCAGCAGUGACGAAGAUGAUGAGGAAGACGAGAGUGAUGAGCAGGAGGCAGAUGAGAAAAAGAAAGGGAGAAGAGGCGGCCGAGCGGCAUCCAGGGAGAGUGGAGAGAGUGACCAGAGUGAAGAUGAGCUGGAGAAGAAGGUAAAGAGGAAGAAGAAGACACAUGAAAGGAAAGAGACAUCUGAGUCUUCAGAGGAGGAGGGAAGUGCUUCAGAAAGUAGUUCAUCAGAAUCUGAGUCAGGGUCUGAGUCUGAGGAAGAAGAAGAAGAGGAUCAAGCAGAGUCUGACACUUGGAGAAGAAAGACACCUCCAAGUAGCAAAAUAACCCCCAAACCCAAGGAGAUCUCCCUGCUUGACCUGGAGGACUUUACUCCCCCCAGCAUUCAGCCAGUUUCCCCACCAAGGGUUGUCUCCAACAGCCUAGUCACCGAUCUGGAAGGCUUGACACUCACUGACUCUUCUUUGGCACCUUCGCUACUCAGUCCUGUGAUGGGCCCUGGGAAGCGGCAGGAGCUGCUCCACCGUGUGGCAGGGGAAGGACUGUCUGUUGAGUAUGUAUUCAGCCGACAGCCCUUCCCUGGAGAUCCACACAUGGUAUCUGUGUGCAUCCACUUCUCCAAUAGCUCAGACACCCCUGUGAAAGGUCUACAUGUGGGGGUGCCCCAUCAGCAGUCUGGCAUACGCAUCCAAGAGUUCCCCGAGAUUGAAUCCCUGGCACCUGGUGAUUCAAUCACAGCCAUCAUGGGCAUCAACUUCUCUGACUCUACACAGGCAGCCACCUUCCAGCUAUGCACUCAAACUCGACAGUUCUAUGUCUCCAUUCAGCCACCAGUUGGGGAGCUGAUGGCUCCUGUGUUUAUGAGUGAAAAUGAGUUCAAGAAAGAACAGGCAAAGCUGACGGGCAUGAGUGAAAUCACAGAGAAGCUGACUCUGCCAGACACAUGCUCAGAGGACCACAUUAUAGUCCAGAGAGUGACCACCACAGCCCAUCUUGGCCGGAUACCCUGUGGGGCUCCUGAAGAAUACAGGUUUGCUGGAAGAACACUGACUAGUGGAAGCCUGGUUCUGUUAACUCUGGAUGCACGAGUGGGUGGAGCUGCUCAGUUGACGGUCAACAGUGAGAAGAUGGUGAUUGGCACCAUGUUAGUGAAGGAUGUGAUCCAGGCCUUAACACAGUGA